UUUCUCAACUUCGAACUCCAUAAUCUCCCCAAAAGAAACCCCGAACUGUUUCGUGAACAUGAGAGAAAGCCUGUUUCUUUGUAACUUUAGAUUGCCAGGUUCUUGAUUUCACGAUCUGGGUUUCGCAGAUUUUUUAUUUGUCUGAUUGGGUUUUGCAGAUUUGUUUACUAUUCUUCUUUGGUUUGGUAAACCGUCUCUGUUGUUUUGUUGAGAGAGUCGGCGCUAGCUCAUUGACCUGGAUUUCUGUAGAGCCGGCGGCGGGUUAUGUCGGAGGACGGUGGAAAGUCGAAGGCGGCCGUGACGGAGCAAACGGGUUCUGAAAGAGAUGAUCAGCAAUGGAGGCAAGUUUUUGAAGAUGCUUCCAUGUCGAGUAGGCCUCUCAAGAGGAUCAAAAGUCCUGAACACAAAAGCUCUGUUCAAUCUCUUCUUCCCUUCCCGUCAUCCAUGGCGGCUUAUACGGCGGCGCCGCCGCCUUCAACCUCUUCUUCAUCUUCAUCUUCGAGGCUUGUUUUUCCUUUUGCUUUGGAUGGAGCGGAGCAAUCCGUGGAGAGUUUACAGCAACUGAGAUGGAACAAUAGGAACGCGAUUCCUCUGCUCCAUACGCCGCCGCAACAGAAUCAGCGGAUUCUUCGCCAACGGAGCGCGGCUUACCCGCCGUAUUUUGCGGGGGAAGCGGCGGCGCCAUUGCAGCAGCACCACCACCACCAGCUUCUGCGGUACUGGAAUGAUACUUUGAAUUUAAGCCCGCGAGGGAGGAUGACGGUGAGGCCUCCGGCGAUGCCGCCGGUUUCGACUACGAAGCUCUACCGGGGAGUGCGGCAGCGGCACUGGGGGAAAUGGGUGGCGGAGAUUCGCCUGCCGAGAAACCGGACUCGCCUCUGGCUCGGCACCUUCGACACGGCGGAGGAAGCCGCCAUGGCGUAUGAUCGCGAGGCCUAUAACCUAAGAGGCGAGAAUGCUCGGCUCAAUUUCCCGGAACUCUUUCUCGGAAAAGACAAAAAUCCAUCCGCAGCUCCCAGUUCGUCGGAAAACACUCCCGGUAGCCCCAAAUCUCCGCCGCCAGAGGCUGAGCCACCGCCACCGCCUCCUCCUGCUGAGAAAGAGGACGAAGCUAAAAAAAACUCUGAGACUGCAGCCGCCGCCGCCGCCGCCGCCGGCGCGGCGGCGCAGCAAUCAUCGGAAUUUAUGUGGGGAGAAAUGAAUGAAGAAUGGUUAAACGCAAUAUCAGCCGGUUGGGGUCCAGGAAGUCCAGUUUGGGAUGAUUUAUACAUCACAAACAAUCAUUUCAUGCCAUUUAAUCUUCCCUUUACCAAUCUUCAUCACCAUUCCGAUGAUCCUAAAAAACAAGACAAUUCUACUGCUCCAUCUUCUUCUUCUUCCUCUUCAUGCCCUGCAAAACCCUUUUUCUGGAAAGAUCAAAACUAAAAAGCAUCAACUUUUAUGACUGAAUCCUUCUACUUUACAGUUGUUACAUUAGCAGUUUGCUUAUCACAAGCCCAGUUUUAAUCUGCAAUCAUUGAGUUCUGUACUAGUCUGAGGUUUAUUAAAUUUUGAGGUCACACAUUAAUACUGCACCAAUCUUUGUCUGGUUUUCUGCAGUUAUAUCAUAGUUUUUUC